UAGAAAAAAAAAAGCACAAAAAUGUCAGAAACUCAAAUGCAUUGCAAAUUACAUAGAGAUUGCUCUGAAUCUCUCUCUCAUCUGUGGUGAAAGAAAAUCUUGCCGGUUUCAGUUGAAAGUUACUUAAACAAAUACGAGACGUUCGAUUUGCUCAUAAUAUUGUAGGUAUCUGAAAACUAACAGAUGGAAGUGGUCGCGGUUGCUAAGGAAAUGCUGCAAGACGCCCUCGAACACUUGGCGAGCUACCGUUUGGGACAAGCCGCGCUACGGCACUUAGACCGUGCACUAUGGAUAGUGGAAAAAUGCGCUCGGUGGGCAGUACCGCCGCCUUUGGACCAAGACGAUCGUCCUCAGCCGGAACUACUGCGCCCUCUGCCGUGGGUAUUUUUCCUGACGCUACUGGUCAUAUUACGGAUUACCAGAGAGUCCAUAUCGCUCAUCAAUUUAGUAAUGGGGAAGCCUCCACUUAGAUCUGCCGAUGUGGUGAUGUAUAUCCAAAGUAAACGCCGCUACCUCCGCACGCUGAAGUACACGGGCUCGCGGGCGAUGCGCGCUCGCGUGUCCCAGCCGCGGCCCUGGUACACCCAGCUGCAGUCCCUGCUGGAGCUCACCAUGUGCUUCCGUCGGCAGUCGCACUACGGCAACAAUAAUACCACCAGUCAAAGCAACAGUGAUGAAGUUCUGGUAGUACAGCAUAGUAAGCUUGGACACGAGGAAGGUAGCCCGACGGAUUCAAUUAACGAGACGCCUAUGGAGAGGCUCAUAGAAAAAAUGAUGGUUGACCUCGAUGUGGAAUCCGAUAAUGACUCCAGUUACACUUUAACUAAUGCUGCCAGUAUCAAUCAAAGCGACCAUUCUUCCAUCGAUUCUGACCAAGAAGAAGAAGAUGGCUAUAAGAGUGAUUCAACUCUGACAAAACUAAAUGAAGAUAAUAGUCCUACGAAACAAAGCGAAGGGUUUAUCGAACCAGACGAUAAUGCCCAGACUGAUGAGAACGUCUUUAGUCCAAACAAAAACGAGAUUGUUAGCUCAACACCAGAAAAAGAAAAGAGUACAAACACUUCUGCGGAGGUGAUGAAGGAAACAGGAGAGGAGAGAGAACUUUCACCAUCAGAAGAAAGGACUCAGCCAGAAGAUAAAGCUCUGUCAUCUCCUAAAAAGCAAGAGAUAGCAUCACCCAAGACAGAAUCCAAAACAUUCAUAGACAACGAGAACACAAUGCAAAAUCAAACAUCAGCGAAAAACGAACAAAAAAUCGCCAACGGCCGAGUAAUAACCGCCCCAAAGAAAAAGAGAGGAGUCAAGAAUGAGAGGCGAGAUGGGGACGGGUCAAUAAACAAGAAACCGGCAGACAGAGCGUUCUAGAGACAUAAGGAAAUCUCGAGCAGUUACUAAUUGCUAAAGGAAGUGACUACGGGGCUGAUCUGUAACGCGUUAACAACGUAACGCUGGCAACGACGUGUUGACAUGAUAAUUAUGCAGGGUGAAAUCAAAAUAAUAAUGUGUCUCCCUUCAACCUUGCUUACUGAUCGCGUCAUAUUACUAUGGGAGACUCAAAACCUUAUUUUGGACUCAUUUUUCUUUGAGAAAAAUGUUUUGUUUUAACAAUAGAACGUUCUCUUAUCAUAAACGUCCUAUGAUUUCUAUUUCACUCUGUAUAUUUCAACACCGUAAAUUUAGCUUCAUCAUAUGCAUCGAUAGCGAUUCGUACAAAUACACAAAAUGUGUUGACAGGCCAAUUGCCAGCGCCACGUUAUCUAUUGUCGUACCAGCUCUCAGAUUUUUUUUUAAUCAUUCAUUAAUUUUAAUUGUAAUACAGUCACAGAGUUGUACACAUGAUCAUACAUUAAUUGUUUUUAUGAAAAUGUUUUAAUUGACUAACAUUUUAAGUAAUUAGCUAUAAAGUUUAGUAAUAACGUUAAAUUAUAAAUAAUUAGCCUUGCCUUGUCUAUUUUUAUAUAUAACUCACUGAACUGAACGUAACCAGCACAUAUCUACAGUGUCACUUAUUGACGGUUUCAAAAUUGAUAAAAUUUUAAAAAGUGUUGCCAUCUGCGCAACAGAUAGUUCUAGCGUAAUUUAUUUAAUACUCACUUGUUCAUUUUCUAUUAAAAUAACUUUAUUAACUAUUAUAUGUUAUACUAUUGUCUAAUAUAAUCUCUUUAGAAUCUCUUUCGAACAAAUAUACAGCAGUAAUUAAGAAAAUAUAUCACAAUAAUAAAACUUUACUAAAAAAUUAUGCUUCGUUUUGUUUUUCGGUUAAGUCGUAAUUGCUAGCAAGCUCGUGUUUUAAAUUAUGCAUAUUGAACAAAUUAUGAAAAUGAUGUGUACAACUUGUAAAAUUAAAACAUAAUGUAAAAUAUUUGCCCCAAUUUUUCAUGAUCUUGAGAAAAUUAUUUUUACCGAUUUCGUCGAGAUUCAAGUCUGAUUUUUUUUUUAUUUAAUAAAACAAAGUUUCAUAUUUUUAUAUGGCAAGUUUGAAGGUCGCAGCAAUUUUUUCAAUGGUAACCCAGAUUUUUUUUUCGAAUUUUAAAUGUAAUUAUAGACGUGCAUUAAGGGUCAUUACUUGAUUAAUUGUCUUUUUAAAAUUUAUAAAUAAUAGAGUUAAACCUGUCUUCAAGAUAUACAUGAGAAUAUAUGAGAAUUUGCACUACGUUCAGCAACUUUAUACCAACAUAAGACUGUUCACUUUCAAAUAUUUAUUGUAAGUGUAGAUUAUACAAUGUAAGGUCUACAAUUAUAAAUGAUGUUUGUUUUGAUAUGAGAAACAAAACUUGAUCAUUUAAUAUAUGUCGAGUUUCAAUUGUAAUAAAAUUUAAUAUUUUGUUAAUCAAUUUAUAUAAUUAUAGCAUAGAAUAAUAAUAUGAACAUGCAUAAUUAAAAACAAACAUAUUAGCAUACAUUUAUAAAUUUUAUCUGACAUUUACUUAUAACAUAGAUUUAAGCUCUCAUAUGUAUAGUUCAAGAAACCAUCGACACUUUAUUUUAUACUUAUUCCUAAUCUUAUUAAGUACUAGUAAUCCAGAAAGAAAAUUAUUUACGUAAAGGUUCAUGAUUUUACGAUUUAAUUUUAAUGAGCCGGUUAGAAUUUCUUAAGAGAUGGACUGUGAGCUUUAUCAUUGAAAAUAUAUAUAAAAAACUAAACAAUAUAUUUAAAAAGAAAAGUAAUCAAUAUACAAAGAAUAAAAAAGAAUAAGUAAAUGUAAUUUAUAAUUAGGUUAGGCAUAACAACUAUGAAGGGGUUAUCAAAAGUGACAAUUGCAUUAGAUAUAUUAUAAUUUGCAUUUAAUACAUAAGAGAGCUUGUUAUUAAAUAAUAGUAAUAAUUUCUUGAAUAUUUCAUUGAUCUAUGUGUAAUGAAAUGUUUCUCUAAAUUAUUAAAAAAAAAAAAAAGAUAACAAAUGCUUUAUAAUUAUGAUGUUGUUUUAAAUCGUAACUUUUUACUUAGUGUGUAAGCCAUUAUUAUUGUAAAACUAAAAAAUCUGAUGUUUUAAAAGUAAUAUUUAUUUAAUUAUUUAAUAAUUAAAUCGAACAAUAAAUUAUAAGAUUACCACUUGAUACAACUCAUCGAUGUUAUAUUGACAUGCCCAUUUUAAUUAGCACUGAGGUAAAUCAGUUUAUUAACGCCAUGUCUGACCAGUUAUGCAAAAAUGAAAUAGUUAUUACUGUUUAAUACAAGUAAUUAAAUAGAUACUACUGUCAAAAGAAUUCACUGUUGAAUUUAAAUACAUUUUUCAAUAAUGAUUUAGAAUAACGGUUUUUAAAGUGGGUUUCCAAUAGUCAUGUUCUAAAAUGCUUAUGAGCAUUCACAUAAGGCAGCUCAUAUAAUUUUUUUUUUUUUUUUUAAUUUAAUAUCAUGAGUCAGAGCGAGGUAUACAAUAAAAGCAAUUCGAAAAGUUCCAUAUCGUUGAAAAGUUUAGGUUUCUAAUCAUUUAAAUUGGGUAGAGUAAGGUUGCUUAAGUCGUACCCCUAAAGAAAUCUAAUAUCACCUAAUCUUAUAUUCAAGGCGAUUGAAAUAAAACAAACACCUUGCACCUAUCAGUAGGAAAGAUUAUUAUUUUUUUUUGGUUGCUUUUUAAUUAACAAACAUAGAAAUUUGAAAAUCAAAAUACUUAUUUUAACAUUUUUGAAUGAUAUUCCUUCGGUACGAUUAAAGCGCCUAGUCACCUAAUUCGUACCACCUAUAACCUUAGUCAUGCUUUAGACUUAGAAAAUAGACUUUAGUGAAUACAUAAAAAAAACUAGAUUUUUGUUAAAUUUAGUGUAGGCUUUUUCUUUUAUUUUUCCCUGGUUUCCAUUUAAUUUUUGUAAGGACUUGAAAUUAAUUGUUGGCUUAGUAACUUUUAAAAUAGUUAAAUGAAGCUUUAUUCGUUGAUUAUCGGUAAUUUUAUCAAAUGAUAAUGGAUUGUCAUUGUAUGAAGUGAGUGGCUUUAAAUAUCGAGUUACUGGUGAAGUAUUUUUUUACGGUGAUGGUGAUGAUGGUGAAAUUACAACCAUUAUUGAUAGCAAUGCAACUAUUGUAUCAUCCAAAUAAUGUACUUUCUCUUCGCCAUGUAUAUUAUCUGAUAAAAAGAUAAGUAAAUUAAUAAUUUAUUAAAACAUAUCUCGUACCGGUACGAAUAAAAAGUUUUACACAUGUACCUAAGACAUAAACAGCGGGAGCUUCUAAAUUUAAAACUAAAACCACUGUCAUAAUCUAUAACUUUUUAAUUUGCUUUACAAAGUCGACCGGCCAUCUACUUGUUUACACUAAAUGGUGCAAUUUAUAAGAUGAUAUACUACCGGGAUUGGACUUAGGAUGUGAUACGACUAAAGCAACUUUACCCAAUUUAAACCCGGUCAUUAAAAAUGACCUAUCAAUCAAACGAUGUAAUCUUAAAUGUAGAGUUGUGUGAUCUGUUAUGAAUAUAUACAAAUAAUGUUAUUGAUAUUGAAAAAUUUAGAUUUUAAAUUGAUUAAUAAAUGUUUUUAUUAUUACACAUAUUUAUUAUAAAAUUUUUGUACACAAACUUAUAAUUGUUUAUUAGAUGGUAAAGAAAAUUAGUCGAAUAUUGAAUAAAUUAUACCUAUAUCUAAAUUAUAUGAGUCUGCUCAUAAAUUAAUUUAAUAAUGAAUGUUUUCCUUUUUUUUUCAUGUAAGACUGCAUUAUGGUUACUAUCUGGUAUUGUGCUUAGUGCCAAAUGAAUUUGUUCUUUCCAGUAACUUCUUUUUCGACUUUCGGUGUUUUGUUAUGUAAACUUCAGUAAGUCUCUAAAAUAAGAUUGUAAUAAUGGGAAUUAUAUCAUUCUAAAAUGUAUACCCAAAGAUACGGCUGUUUCAUAAAUAUGUGAAUGAGUUCUUAUUUAAAGGAAUUGUUAUUCUCUAUUUUAUUCGUGUUAUUUAUAAAUUGUGAAAAAAAUUGAAAAUUAAUUAUUAGAAUAUCAAAUACGUUGGCAUUUACAUUUGUAAGAGUGUUUCUAAAUAUACAAUUGUUAUUCUCUAAACGAAUUUCCAAAGAUUUGGCUGUGUGUGGUUGCGAACUAAUGAGAAGACUGAUGCGAAAAUGUACUGUUCCUAUAUUUACUUUCCGAACUAUCAUAAUAAUCGUUCGCUUAAUGUUAUAUGUUCGACCCUAUUUUUUAAUAUUUUACUAAUUAUGAAAAUUUAUUGUUAUUAAUUAUUAUGAAUACACUUACUGAAUAUUU